AAAAACCCCACCAAGUUUUGUCGUUUACUGAACUCGGCGUAAUUAGAGAUCUUUCUCCUUAUCGCGGAAUACGGAAGCUGUGCAUAAAAUAACUUAUUCGAAGAGCUAGACCAUUUUUGAGUGACCGUAUUGACUUCGAAAUACCACGCGAUUAAGCCAUGAACGCACUCGAUAUGAAUAAACAAUUUCUGAGCGUCUCCCAGGACCAUCAGCAUCAGACCUCGGUAGCGGACCAGCGGAGUCGCUCAAGAUCAGAGCGCGCCUCCAGCCUGGCGCUGCCCCUCAACUCGCUGCUGGACUUCUACGACAAGCAGCAGGAGCAGUGCAAGUCCGUCACCCUGCUGCCGCUGCCCAGCCACUCCGGCAACAUCAGUGAGAGCAGCAGCCUCUCCAGCAGCAACAGCAUCGUGCGGCGCCACUCCUCCCACUACUAUCCCAUGCUCGAGGACAAGCAGAAGCCGUCGCAGCUGCCCCAGGCAGCCACCGAAAUGCUUGUAAACAUGACGGAGCAGAAAUAUGGCCAGUCAGCGCACCAGGGGGCCAUCGCGGGAGGAAGGCAGCUCCAUCAGCACCAGCACCAGCACCACCACCAGCAGCACUUGGUGCGGGUGGACACCCCAGUGACGCCCCCGCCUCCCAUUCCACGGCGUCCUCUGCGCGGCAAGUCCGCCUGGCAGGCGUCGAGUCCCCACCCACUUCCACUCUCGGCCGGCGGACAGGAUAGCGCCCACGGCACGGGCACUGUGUUUGUUUAUCCGCAGCCAGAAAACGUGACCGCAGAGGCAGUGGUCCGGGGAUCGGGCGACGGACAUGGGGGAGGUGCCGGGCUGCAAUCAGCACUGCUUGUUGACAUAGCCACACGUCCGGCGUCCGGAUAUGCGGAUGCCGAUGGGAUUUCCGAUGACGACCGCAUGAGUUUGGAGAACUCCGUGUUCGACGAGUCGCUAACCUCCACGCCCGUUAAGGUCGCCGGUUAUUUGACCGGGCGCUAUGCCGGGCUAAGUCACAUGGCCAAGCGGGCGCAGCGCUCCUCCAGCAGCACCGUGGAUUCCGCCUACGGCUCAUCGCUGGGCGGCCACAGCGAGCGGUUCGCCAGCAGCUCGACUAGCGUGGACUUUCGCAGCCGCUUUUCCUCGGUGGACACUCAGUCCUCGCUCGAUGAGAAGCCUCUGUCCAGUUCGAUUGACUCGCCGCUGGCCAGAGAUCCCAGAGAUCCCAGGGAGGCGUACAGGGAACGUGCUGUGCUCAACGAUGCCAUGCAUAAGCUGAACAACAAUAACACCAGUCUGGGACUUGCCCUUGACUCGGCCAGCAAUAACAACAACAGCAGUAGUGUGGGAAGCGAUGGUUCCAAGCUACCGGUGGUUCCCGCCAGGAAGCAGCCUCCGUCAGCGAAGGGUUGCAGCAAAAGCAACAACUCGACCGGCGAAACCCAGUCCCAGCAGUCCCAGAGCUCCAAGGAACCCAGCAGUGUCUCGGCCUCGGCCUCCACUUCGUCCGCCGCCUCAGCAGGAUCCAGCACUAUCUCCAGCGGCACCAUGUCAUCUUUGUCUGGGCCAUGUCCAGCCGUUGUGCCGCCCACAGAUUCCAUUACCAAACGUCCAGGUCCACCAGAGCCACCAUUACGGCAGGCAAAUGUGUUUGAUCCCGGGGAGAUGGGAUCGCGCGGUCACCCGCCGCCUCCGUUGACUGUGCGGAAUAAACUCGGGCGCAAUAAACCGCCGCCAAUUACGUACCCUCGGAUGCAACAGCGCCAGGAUUCCACGCUCUCCAGCGAUAGCUACUCGAUCAGCUCCAGUCCGGGCUACAACUCCAAGCUCAUGGAAGCGCCACUGCUGGGCUCCCAACAAGGAGGGCGUAAGUCCAACGCACCCGGCACCGCGCAGCGCCAAACUCCGCUCAUGGAUUUGGCCCCCACCCGCUUUCUGAGCGGCGGCGGAGGACGCGGAAGCGGAAGCGGCAAGUCAGCUCCCGCAAUGCCGCCACCAAGGAGCAAGAUCAACUUUCGGCAGGAUUCGACCAUCUCCAGCGACAGCUUUAGCCAGACGUCCAGUCCAGGCUACAAUCCCAAGCUCAUGGAGGCGCCGCUGCUGCCCUCGUUGUCCGCCAAACGGCUGUGCAGUGCACCAGCCCCGAUCGUGUGCCGUCAGGGAGUGCAGCACGAGCCCAUCGAGGAGCUGGAACCGCCGCAGACGAUCUCGCCACUUCAUAAGGCAGCUGGCCAGCCCGGCAGCCUGCAGACCAUCGUCCGCUUUCAAAAUGGAGCACCGCACACCAUGUCCUUGCAGCACCAGAUUAUUAACCGGCGCAAGAGCUCCAACCCGUACAUCACAAACGGCCGCCUAAAGUUCCGCCUGUUCCAGAUCCUGAUCAACGCCUUUGCCCUGCUGGCUAUCGCCGGAGGUCUGGCUGCCUACUUCAAUGCAUAUCCGACUAUAAAGUUCGUGAACAAGACUAUCAUCAACACGAUCCACGUGGAGGACACCACAAGUUUUGGCAAGAAUCCAGCCCCAGGCACCUGCCUUCCAAUCAUUGUGCGAUUUUGCCAAGGUCCCCGGAUUCCCUACAACUACACCGUGUUCCCCAACUAUAUCGGCCACUUCGGCCAGUUGGAGACGCAAACGGACUUGGACUCCUAUGAGGCCCUGGUGGAUGUGAGAUGUUACGAGCUGGUGUCCCUGUUUCUCUGCACGCUUUUCGUUCCCAAGUGCGGACAGAGCGGGGCCACCGUGCCACCAUGUAAGACCCUCUGUACGGAGACGAUGCGCCGCUGCGGCUUCUUCUUCGACGUUUUCGGACUGAGCCUGCCCGAGUACCUGAACUGCAAGCUCUUCAAGGACUUUCCGAGUUCCGAGGACUGCGUGGGGUUGGAUGAGGUUCGCGAGGUGAUGAGGGCCGCUACGCAUCCCAAGUGUGAUGGGUUCCAGUGCGACCAGAACCGUUGUCUGCCGCAGGAGUACGUGUGCGACGGCCACCUGGACUGCAUGGACCAGGCAGACGAGGCCAAGUGCGAGCGGUGCGGACCAGACGAGAUCUACUGCGGCGACAGCCAGUGCAUUGGAACCAAGCACAUAUGCGACGGCAUCAUCGAUUGCCCCUAUGGCCAGGAUGAGCGCAACUGCUUGAGGCUCAGUGAGCGGAACGGCGAUGUGGGCACCGGGGUUUUGGAGGUCUACCGCAUCGGCCAGCGGCAGUGGAUGCCCGCGUGUGUGAAGAACUGGGAUCGUGCAGUAUCGCCCAGCGCCGUGUGUUCCAUUCUGGGCUACUCGGCCGUGAAUGCCACCAGUGUCCUGACCCAACUUACUCACCGCCCACUGCUGGCCACGGUAAAUGUGUCCACAGACAUUUGGAAAAUGUACGCUAAAAGAAAGUCGACCCUGAUGCAAGAGUUUGCCAACUGCAAGAAGACGGAGGAUUAUCCGAUGGCCGAUCUAACGUGCUCCAAUUACGAGUGCGGCCGAGUAAAGCGGGGUAGACACAAGCCAUCCAGACGCAUCAUUGGCGGAACCCAAGCCAGUCCCGGCAAUUGGCCAUUCCUGGCUGCAAUUUUGGGCGGUCCGGAGAAGAUUUUCUACUGCGCUGGCGUCCUAAUAUCGGAUCAAUGGGUGCUCACAGCCUCACACUGCGUGGGAAACUAUAGCGUGAUCGACUUGGAGGACUGGACCAUUCAGCUGGGCGUCACUCGUCGCAACUCAUUCACCUACUCGGGUCAGAAGGUCAAAGUCAAGGCUGUAAUCCCGCAUCCGCAAUACAACAUGGCCAUUGCCCACGACAACGACAUAGCCCUCUUCCAACUUGCUACGCGCGUUGCCUUCCACGAACACCUAUUGCCCGUAUGUUUGCCGCCACCAAGCGUGAGGAAUCUACAUCCUGGGACCCUGUGCACCGUCAUCGGAUGGGGGAAGCGGGAGGACAAGGACCCCAAGUCCACAUAUGAGUACAUAGUAAACGAGGUGCAAGUACCCAUCAUCACGCGUAAUCAGUGCGACGAAUGGCUGGACAACCUGACGGUGUCGGAGGGCAUGGUCUGUGCCGGUUUCGAUGACGGAGGCAAGGAUGCCUGUCAGGGGGAUUCGGGCGGUCCGCUGUUGUGUCCGUAUCCAGGGGAGAAGAAUCGCUGGUUCGUGGGCGGCAUAGUCUCCUGGGGCAUUAUGUGUGCGCAUCCCCGCUUGCCGGGCGUGUAUGCCAACGUGGUGCAGUAUGUGCCUUGGAUACAGGAGCAGAUCGCCAAGCAUUCCCGUCCCAUUAAAGAGGACCGCGUUAACAAGUACGACCUGCAUCCGGGAGGACCCGACAUACUAUCCAAAAUAGCCACUGACCCGAUGCGUGAGGGUACACACCACUACACUCAUUCCAGGACGUCGUCCAAAAAUUAAGCCUGGCCACGGCUCAGUAAGACUCUUUAAAAAGAGAUACAGUCAGGCCUAACUGGAACAUAGCAUAUCCAUGAAACAAUUGCACAAAUUACGAAAGUCACAUGGAACCGAUGGAUCCUGUAGGAUGCAUACAUAUAUUUUGCUACUGAACUUAGGGUAUUAGCCAACCGGCUAGUACCGAUUUGGGCAACAUAAUCAUGUGUCAAUUUGCCGAAUUUAUUUGUCAAUUUUUUUACAAAGAGAUUUUUAUGAACCUAAGCCCCAGACAUUUUAUAACCCAGACAAACAGAAAAGGGGGUGCAGACAUAUGUCAAUACAUAUUGCAAAAGCUAUUUAUAUAUACAUAACACGUAACACGUAAAAGGAAAAUAACCGUCAUGUACCCGAUAUCUAACUAAUUGAUAAUUGUGUCUAAAUACCCCGAAACCCAGAAUAUAAUUCAAUUUUGUAGCUGAAUUUUGUGUUGAAAGGUUCCGGUGGAAACGAACCCCGUACUAUUAUAAGUAUUACUCCAAACGAAAAAUUAUGAUAAUCGAAGAAGAAUGCAGAAAAAUAUUGUGAAGUAUAAUUAGUAGAAUCCCAGCUAUUGAGUGUUGAAAUUUAAAACAGGAAAUAAGCAAAUCAAUUGUAGAAAUGUGUAACUAUAACCAAACCAAAGAAAUCAAGGAAUCAUUGCUGAUCUUGGGCAUUUGAUGGACGUAGCAUUAGGCUCUUCACCAAACCCAAAUAUGCUGUCUUACAACAAUGAAUCUAACAAAAAACAACAAUAAGAAAGUGCAGUUGACAAUAAUGAAAUGUGCACAAUAAGCAACUAAAUGCGUUAGAUAUAAGUCAUGAAAAUAAUAACUACAAUGCGUGGGUUUCAGCUUUAAAGAACACAACCGAAAGGGACAUCGUUUCGUCUGGCAGAUGUCAGAUCAGAGUGGGGAUUAGAAGGAAUAUACUUAUACACAUAGCAUACGAAUCGACUAUUUACGCGGUGAUCUACAAAAGGUAUACUCGCUUCGAUAGUGGACAUGUGAAUGUAACUUAAUAUUUAGAACUAUUUACACGCCAACGCACCUCGUUUGUCACGCCCACUUAGACUGGCCGCUUAAGUCGAAGCUCGAGGUAAAGCCCUGAUUUCGAUCUCUACUCACCCAUCCAUAUCCCAGGUGUGCCAUCUGGAAGAUAUAAUGCUUGAGUGCAGACUCGUAGGCACAACUAUUUUGCAGAGGAAUCGCACGUAAUAAAUGUAAAAUACGCGUAACUAAAGACUCAAAAUCGGUUGUUUCAACACACAAAACACACAAACACACCAGAGCUUCGCGAUGUGUACAGCUUUGAUAUUGUUUUUGAGUCGGAACCGGAACAGGAACCCGAAGUGGGUCGGAACUCCAGGAGCUCCAUGUUUUUGACUUAUCGUUUCUAGUUUCUAGCGUAAACCUGUUGAAAUGCUUUAAAAUGAGAUUGCAAAUGUAUAACCGAUCACUACUAGAUCUAGUUGGACAUAUUAUGCCUACCAAUAUAUAUGCAUGUUUUGUACAAUCAGUUUACAAGUGGAAAAGUAUUAUUAGUCUUAACGGGGGGUUAAAUGAAGCGCAUAUUACACAAGGCACACGAUGUUUUAGGCGGAACAUGAACACAAACCAAUAUGUAACUGAAAUAUAUACAAGAAAUAUA